GCCAAGGCACUGAACAGCGGCGGCCAGCGCGUAACACGCUCCCGCCAGGCCCAGCCCUUUGCCGCCUCCGUGCAUUCGUCUGCAGCCCAGGAGCAGGGCUCAGCGCAAUGCUCAGCUUGGAGCCCAGGCCUGCGGCGGGCGCGGCGGGUGGCCGGGACGCAAGGAGUUAAGCGCGGGCAGCCGGGCCGGGCUGCGGGGAGGCGGCGGGCGCGGGAGCUCGGGCUGCAGACUGCUCCAGCAGGGCCGGGAGUGCGGGCGCCCGCGCAGCCCCAGCCUCCUGCCCGGGCUCAGCCUCACACAGCCCCAGCCCCGGCUUUUCGCGAUCUGAGCUCCGUACCCCGCGCUGCGCCCCUCUGGGCGCGGAGACCUCGGCGCAUCCCCAGUGCUACCCAACUCAUCCCUGAAGCUGUCACCUGUAAGACAGAAGAGAACAGAUGAGCCUAUCUACAGAGGAGGCUCGGCACUGAGCUGGCCACCUGGAAGCCCUCAGCAAAUACCAAUCACAGGGAUGUGUUGCUACCUAAGCCUGCUCCCUUCUCUUCCCAUUUCUGCCUCAGGCAGAUGAUGGCCAGUGGAUUUGGUUCCUGCAUCAGAGCGCACACCCUCAAAAGGUGGUAGCCCAGAAACCUGAAGCUUGACCAGAUGGAGGCCUUCCAGCACGAGUGCCCAGAAGGUGGCACACAGCUUGGUCGCCCAUCGAAGCUGGAGGAGAGGCCACUGUCAACGCCCUUAGUGAACUAAUCAGGCUCAACAGCCCAGAAGGGGCUGAGAAGGGGCGAGAGUGACCUGCAGUACUGGACUCCUCUCCCUUCCUCCUCACCAGAGUUCUUUAGCCAUACUCUGGGGAGAGGAACAAGAUGAGGGGAAAGGAGACCGCGUCUUGUAGGUCCCCUUUCUUGACCCCAAGCAGUUCACCUUGAGCUUGGGACUCAGAACCUCUGGCCUCCUCUCCUCUGGCCUCAGCCCAGCCUGCUUUCUGGCUACAGCGCGCCUCCAACGCAGGAGAGAGCUCAGAGUACCACGCCCUUGGAGUUGCAAACUACGGUGUCCUGGGAAGCCACGCCCUCCUCGCCCCUUCCCAGCCAUCAGCCCAGCCAGCCCUGAGCCAGUCCGGAAUGAUCCGGCUAUGGCCAAGCUCUGGUUCAAGUUCCAGCGUUGUUUCCGGUAUUUCCGCAGGAAACCCGUGCGCUUCUUUACCCUACUGGCUCUCUACCUGACCGCUGGUAGCCUCGUCUUCCUGCACGCGGGCUUCGUGGGCCAGCCUGCUGUGCCCCAGGAUCAGGCCAGCCCUGCAGCGGGGAGCCCGGCAGAAGGAGCCGAGCUACCCUUCCUGGGUGACUUGCACCUGGGCCGAGGCUUCCGGGACACGGGAGAGGCCUCCAGCAUCGCACGCAGGUACGGACCCUCAUUCAAAGGCAAGGAGACCGGCGAGAAAGCCAAGCUGAGCGACUACGGAGGAGCCUGGAGCCGAGCCCUCAAGGGGAGGGCUGUCCGGGAGAAGGAGAAGGAAAAAGAAGAGGAGAAAGCCAAGUACAUCGGCUGCUACCUGGACAACACCCAGAGUCGGGCCCUGCGAGGAGUAUCGUUUUUUGACUACAAAAAGAUGACAGUCUUCCGUUGCCAGGACAACUGUGCUGAACGGGGUUACCUGUAUGCUGGGCUGGAGUUCGGCGCCGAGUGCUACUGUGGCCACAAGAUCCAGGCAGCCAACGUGAGCGAAGCCGAGUGUGAUAUGGACUGCAAGGGCGAGCGAGGAAGCGUGUGUGGUGGGGUCAACCGCCUCUCGGUCUACCGCUUACAGCUGGCCCAGGAGUCUGCCCGCAGGUAUGGAAGUGCUGUAUUCAGGGGCUGCUUCCGCCGACCGAACAACCUCUCCCUGGCCUUGCCUGUGACAGUCGCCAUGCCAAACAUGUCUGUAGACAGGUGUGUGGACCUCUGCACAGAGAAGGAGUACCCCCUGGCAGCUCUCGCUGGCACCGCUUGCCACUGCGGGUUUCCUACGACGCGAUUCCCUCUUCAUGACCGGGAGGAUGAGCAGCUGUGUGCACAGAAGUGCAGUGCUGAAGAGUUUGAGAGCUGUGGGAACCCCAGCUACUUCAUUGUGUACCAGACACAGGUCCAAGACAAUCGGUGCAUGAACAGAAGAUUCCUCCCAGCCAAGUCUAAGAAGCUCAUCGCACUUGCCAGCUUCCCGGGCGCCGGCAACACGUGGGCCCGCCAUCUCAUUGAGCUGGCCACUGGCUUCUACACCGGCAGUUACUACUUCGAUGGCUCUCUGUACAACAAAGGGUUCAAAGGUGAGCGAGACCACUGGCGCAGUGGGCGGACCAUCUGCAUCAAGACCCAUGAGAGUGGCCAGAAGGAGAUUGAAGCCUUUGAUGCAGCUAUUCUGCUCAUCCGAAACCCCUACAAGGCCCUCAUGGCUGAGUUCAACCGCAAGUAUGGAGGCCACAUAGGAUUUGCUGCCCAUGCCCACUGGAAAGGCAAAGAGUGGCCUGAGUUCGUGAGGAACUAUGCCCCAUGGUGGGCCACACACACGCUGGACUGGCUCAAAUUUGGCAAGACAGUACUAGUGGUGCACUUCGAGGAUCUCAAGCAGGACCUCUUUGCCCAGCUGGGCCGAAUGGUCAGCCUGCUGGGUGUGGUGGUCAGGGAAGACCGGUUGCUGUGCGUGGAGAGCCAGAAGGACGGCAACUUCAAGCGCUCCGGGCUCCGCAAGCUGGAGUAUGACCCGUACACGGCCGAGAUGCGCAGGACCAUCGCCGCCUACAUCAGGAUGGUAGACACAGCACUGCGCAGUCGCAACCUCACAGGGGUGCCCGAUGCCUACGGCCCAAGAUGAUAGAUAGCCAGGGAGGGACCGAACAACCCCCGUGGCUCCAAGAGCUGACUUCCCUCUGGCAUGAAGACAACCCCGGGCUUCUGCCUGCCAUCAGAGAGGCCCCUCCGAUGCCUGGGGAGGAGACAACCAGGCACCUUUCCCUGACUGCUUGGUUUGGGGAGUCCAUAUCCCUGAUGUUGGGGAGAAAAGGGAAAUGUUUAUCAUGGAGACGGCAGUGGUUGGGAGGUUCUGAAUGUGACAGCUGAUAGACGGUUAUAUGCAGUGACCCUGCAGCUGACUGUGAGGGCCCCUGUCUUUUUCCCUGAGCAAGCACCGGCUUUCUGAUCCUCUGUGUGACAGACAGGUGUCUGGUAUGUGUCUCCAUGGCCUUAGAAGUCUGACUUCUGAGGUAGGAAGACCGGUGCUUUGGCACCACCGUGGGAGCUGCCCCCACAUGUGAGAUCCAAGCUGGGUACCGUUCCACCAGGACUGAAACUGUCCUUUCUGCCCACACUAUGUCUUGGGGUUGGGAGUGACUUUGGGAUUCUUGAUCCUUCUUCCAAAGUCCCUUAGGUACCAAAAACCAACCCAGCAGUUGGCCAUGUGCCGAAUACAGAGCCCCAGUGACCCAUAUUUUCAGGGUGGGAUCCAACAUGUCUAUCUUACACUGCCCCCCUGAGUCCCUUAACUGGGGAGUCCUUUACUACCCAGGGGAGCACAAAAGUGCUCCAACUCAGAAGGUGGCACACUCAAAAUAGCCCCCUACCUGCCAAGACAUCAGCCUCCCUUCCCUUGCAUAUAGCCCAACAGGGCCAGUCCCUACUGGGGACUCCUUAGAAAUGGGGUAAUGGAUGGCCCUCCAUUUUCACAGCACCACCGCUCUCGACGCUGAGACACCAAACCAAAGGAUUUCUGACUUAGGUCACUGGUCAUGUUUUCAAGCGCAUGCAUCCAGGAUCCUGUCUCCCCACCUUGGAUCCCUGCGGCUUCCCCUCCAGCCCACACCUUCAUCAUUUCCACUGCACAGAAACAAAAGCCAUAGUCACAGCCCCCUUGCUCUUCUGUCUGGAGCAGCUCCCCGCCCGCAGCUUUGGGGGCAAACACUCAUUCCCAGCUAGCCAAGGAACCCAGGAGAAGGUUCAUGAAAAGAGAUAUAUUUUUUUAAGAGGAAUAUGACCAAGACAUUCUGCCCCUUGGAUACUGGCCACGCAAAAAGGAAGGGCCAGAGACUCUACCUGAUUCCCUUCUCCAGUGCCCUCAUCUGGAGGCUUUGGACCACCCCAGGGCUCGGCCAGAGGGCUCUGAAUGUAUUUUGUAUGGUGUUUUUUCCCUCCAGGCUCAUUUUUAGUUUUCUUUUACUGGGUAGCAGAUGACCACCUCUCCCCUCCAGUUUGGAGGUCAUUCUCUCUGGCUCCAGAACCUGGACCAGUUCCUUGCUAGUGGCCACCUCUGGUCACGAACUUUCUGUUCAAAGAUUCCUCAGGUCAAUGCGAUCAUUAAAGAGUUUUGUUGCUAAUUCUACAAUGUGGCCCUGUUGUAGAUGCUGCGCUCACAGAUGAGACGUUUUCUUGGGUGUGUGUGAGAGAGAGAGAAGAGAAUAUCCAAGAAAGGGCUGAGGUGUGAAAUUCUCUGCGCUUGUGCACAGAUGUGGAAGACGUGUUCUUAAAAGGUCUCUUCUGUAUAUGUGAGUGACAGAGGCCCCGUGUGGCUGCUGUACAUGUCUCCUCACUAGGGGAGCCAGUGACAAAGAGACA